UAUAAUAUGGCAAUAUUGUCAAGUGAUCCCAUUAUUCAAUAGAAAGAGAGUUUCAAAGUUUGGGAAUAUGUACGUAGGUAGGAAGAAUCGAAGUAUCACAUCUGAAAUAUAAGAGGGAAGAUACAUUGGUAUAUAAGUGUCAACCUAGCUCAAUUAUGCGAGACUUUUUAGGGGUGGAUACUCAAAAGCAAAACCGUACGAGCUUGACCCAAAGUGGACAAUAUUGUACUAAUGGAGCUGCCCGAUUUCGACAGUACUAUAUUUAGGCUUUAAAUAUGUUUCUUUCAAAUCAUGUGUUUCUUUCAACCAACUAUUAAACCUGAUUUAUUAAAUGGAUUUAUGAAUUACAUAAUCCAUUCAUACACGAAGGAAGUAGAGUUGCGAAUGAGGGAGGCGGAGAUAACACAAAGUAAACUAUGGAGACAGAGAGAGAUGCAAGUAAUUAAUGGACUCCAUGCACGCACACAAGAUCCAGCAAAUAAUAUGUAGUAAGUAGUAAUUGAGAUCAGCAAUUUGUCUGUAAAUCUACUGUGCAACGACGGGGGCUGAUGGUGAUGAGCAUGGCAACGGCUUGAAAUUGUUGGGAAAGGUCUGGCCAUAUGGCGAGAAGAUAAAACAACUGCUACUGGUUUCUUAAGUAUGGGAGCAGUAUUUUUCUUGGUCGCCAUGCCAAGACUCGGAGCUACUACGACUGUGAGAGAAGAAGCCAUGGCGGAUGUGGUUGAAGGGUUAUAAGUUCGAAUCCUUUUCUCAUCGAGUUAGUGGCUCUCCGAGAUGUCAUGCGUUGGUGCCUCUCUCAUUCACUUACUAAUGUCAUGUUCUUUGGUGAUGCACAGGUUGUCCUUCGGAUGGUUGCUGCGAAUGACUCGGCUCACACAUACGGAGGUGCCAUUCUGAAGGAGGUUCAAGUGCUGUAAACAUCUCUCACGCGUGCAUCGUUUCAUUUCGCUCCGCGUAGGUAUAACAGGGCUGCCCAUACCGAUACGGUGGCGAAAAAUGCCCUCUCAUCGAUUGAUCCACAUCGAUUGAUCAACAUCUUAUUGACCAUCGUAUUGCUCAUUUUUAUUUUUUCUGACCUUUUGGUCUUGUAUAUUCUCGUACAUUGCUAUUCAUUUCGGAAAAAAAAAGAAGAGAUGCCUAGUCCUUUUAUGCUCACAAAGUCACAGUAAUGUAAUAUGCACAAAGAAAAUCCCUUUUGAGUUUGACCAAUUUUGGUACAGAAAGCACCAAAUACAAAUCUCAAACUUACAUUAUAGAUCGUCCAUGGAUCUCUUCUGAUGCAUGGAUUGGCGGACGAUUACUUGAUCUGCUCAAUAAGCCCAAAGGAUACCAAUAAAAAUUCAAAAGAGCCCAUGGGCUUGGGUCCACGAACUUCGUUGCUCUUCUCCGGUACACCGGUGGGCAAUGACAAUAGCAAGUUGAAACUUGAAAGACUUCCCGGCCCCGUCUUGUGGUUGUCUUGUCUACAUUUACAUUUUUUCUCUGUUUUUCACUUUUGUUCCUCCGGCGCCAUGGCUUCGAUUACCUGAGCAGAGGAUCAGGAGACUGCCGUCUGCCGACCGCGCCUUCAUCGCCUUCAACUCCAAGGUGCGCUUUCAUAAGUAUGUCCUUUCUGUUUCUCCCCCACGUCCCUCUCUUUCCGCUCGCCUAGAGGUUUUCCACUGUCUGGAUUUUCUUGUUUGAGUGGAUUCAUGAACUUCCAAUAAGCUCCAACCGUUGGUUUCGAGAAUUCUCCCUUCGCUUCAAGUAAUGCCAACCUGCUAUCUCAUUUUUGUGGUUUUGCAUGCAUGCUUUUCACUAUAAAUCCCACGCUUUUAAUUUUGAAUCCUGAAACCCUAGCAGAGAAUCGUACUCUGAGAGUUCAGUUGUUGCCUUGUUGGCAAUACCAAUAGAUAAUGAGCUCCAUAGUUGUUGUUUAUUCUUGCAAACUCAACGUGACUAGCAAAGACUCAAUCUUUCUGAACCCUUAAGAGCACAGUAGAUCAUUGAUUAUAAUGAUCAGGUUCUCUUCUUAACUACAAACUAUCAAACUAAAAGAACAAACAAACUGAUGCGAUUCGAGACUGGUUGCUGCCUUAGACUGCCAGAGCUAAUCAUUUAGUUUCAGCAAGUCAGUUCGAGGCCACACAUUUCCUUCAUGUUUCAUGGCGAAGUUUAUGCUCCAUGUCUCUGUAGUUGGACCUUGAGAUGCCUUGGAUGUUCUUUCAUAAUGUUCAUGCAGAAUGUUGCCCUUAGUAACCACAAAGUUUUCAAAGCUUAUGCCUGGUGGAUAUAAGAUGCUGCUACACAUUUUUUGGCAGGAAGAAGGUGGUAGUAGUAGAAGUACUGCUGUAACAGUCUCGCGGAAAUAUAAUCAGAACAGGACCUGAUUACUCUUGUUGCAAACAAAGUGGAUUCUGGUUUCCUUUCAAUGGCGACGAGAAUGCGGAUUGGUGCAGAUGAAAUCAGUAGCUUGCCAGACAAUUUAAGAGAGCAGAUCCUGAUGUUUUUACCAUUACGGGAAGCAGCCAAGGCCAGCAUCCUUUCAUCUGGAUGGAGGAAGAUCUGGACCCGACUCCCAAAGUUUGUCUUUGACGAAAGCUUUUGUCAAACUAAUUUAGAAGCCAAAGGACAAGACCAGAUUGCAGAGAUGAACAAACUAAUGUUCAAACUCUGCACAGUUCUGUUGCUUCACCGCGGGCCUUUGCAGGAGCUUUCACUCUCGCUUCCCAUAUUAAGGAGCUUCCCGGCUCAGAUUGAUCAGAUCCUGCUGUUUCUUCAAGAAAAAAGGCAUUGACAAUUUAACCAUCACAAUGGAAAGACUUCCAUUUUAAAAUAAUUACGAAGACUAUAUUCUGCCAAUGCGUUUGUUCUCUUUUUCACAACUCAAGGUCCUGCGGAUGUGUUGCUGUCAAUUCACAACCUCCCCUGUUUCAUUCGAAUGUUUCAGUGUGCUAAAUGUUCUUGAGCUGAGAAAUGUGAGCGUCAAUUACUCUCUGCUUUGUCCAUUGCUCUCUGCUUUGUCAUUGGUUGACUGUGGCAGAUUUCACCAAGAGCCUCACAUUUUGAUAGAAGCUCCAAAACUUAGUUGUUUCCGGUAUGAUGGAAAGUUCAGCUCUCUCCAUUUGAAGCAUACGCCACUUCUCAAAACCGCUCUCAUCAAUAAGGGACGUUCUGUGAUUACAGUCUUGAAUGACUACCCCUCCAACUUACUGAAUCUAUGGUGGACAUUACUGGUAAAUCAUCAGAGGCAAUCAAAAGACGUUAUGGUGGUACUCUAGAUGCUGGCAGACUCCGAGGCAUGUUGCAUGAUGCAAAUAACGCGUCGAAGCAUGAGCUGAGCCGACUUGCGAAGGUGGAAGUGAAGCGGCUCAAGGGCACCAAACACGAAACAGCUUUCCUCGAAUGGCUGUUCAGCUCCUCACAUGCACUUGAGUCGAUGGAAAUCCAGCUGGAGGGGAAACUAUCAGCGGCCGAGAAGGUGUUGAUUCUCACAGAACUGACUGGAUUUCGGAGGGCCUCGACUAGAGCACGUAUCAUAGUUAAGUGAAAGGGCACAUAAAGCGUCUCAUUCAAAUCCUAGCUGCUUGGUCUUCUUUUCCUUGUUAACCCUUUUGUUUCAAUCGUCUGCGAGGAGGUGUUCAUAGUGGUUUCCUUUUUCACAGCAAAUUGCAGCUAGGAAAAUUUUGGAUGAUGCUAUGAGGAAGAUGAUGGAUAUGCAAAUGUUGUUCAUAUUAGGUUAUGUCAGUAUCUGGUUAUUAAAAAAAAAACAACUUUAGUGCUCACAUUUGUUGGUAUUUUCGACCCGGGCAAGGACACCUGGUUUUCGGUGCAAUCAAUCCAAAAAACCAGCUGGCUUAAUAUGGUUUUUUGUAGUCGAGAUGGAGGUAUGCAUAGUUCGUUAUAUGCUCGCAGAGUAUCAUAGGUUAGUAUUCGCACAAAAAAUCUGUACUUUCUGAUCCAUGGCGGACGAUAACUUAUAUUCUAUUAAACUAGAUUUGGGACCGCCCGUUGGUCGGAUAAAGUACAUUAAAGACA